CUAUUGGAUGUGCUGCUAGUGUGCCCGGCGCAGAGCUGAGGGAUACAUUAGAGCAGAGCGCUAUAUAAGAGUCGGUUCCAGGCAGUCGCUGCGCAGCGGAGAUUCAGCACCAGCAGGUACGGACAGCUCCCUCCCCGGCAGCGUGUGUGGAGCGAUUACAGCUCAGUGGGUGCUGCUGCCUGCGCUUCCCCCGACUUGAAGGGUGCGACUUGCAGGGUGCGACUUGCAGGGUGCGCUGCCUUCUACCGACUAAUACCGCCCUUAGCUGCCCGCCGACUCUCAAUGAUUUUAUGGAGAUGCCAAAGUGAAUUGGAACUACAUGUAUGUAAGGGCGCUAUCUGAGCUAAAGCUGAGCGAUACUUCUGCCUGGAACUGCAGAUCCUUAUCAGGACCUUGCCUGGGAUUUUGAUCGUUGCUAGGCUCAGGAACUACCAAGUUUGAUCGCUACUCUGCCCAGAAACUAUACACUGGUGCCCGAUCUGCCCUGGGAACUAUGGGUCCAACCAUGUCCUGUGUAGGACCUACCAAGCCUGACCAGGUCCAUGUCCACUUGUCCAGCCCAGGAGAUACCAAAUCUGAUUCAUAUGCCCCAUCACAGAACUGCCCCAUGUGAUUGCCUUCCUGCCCAGGAGCUUCCAAGUCUGAUUAGUUCCCUGUCCAAGAACUACCAAGUCGAUCAGUGCCUGCCUAGGAACUAGCAACUGGGACCAGCACCCAGCACCCAAUACAAGGAAGUAUAAGCAAUCAUCCUGCCCAGACUCUCCCUUGUCUAAGUGAGUUGGGGAUCUCCAGUCUGGGCAUCAAGGUGAGGUGACUGAGAGCUGCUGAAGUGGAAAUGGGCUUUCCUGGAGCUCCACAGGCAAUAAGGCAGCAGCCCAGUCAAUGUCAGCUUCCCCCUUGCCCCCUCCAAUAAGUCAUGUGACAUCUGAAACCCCCAUUGGCAGGGAUGGGCAGCACAUAAGGAUAUUGACUUCUCAUCUCCCCUGAGUGGUGGAAGAUCAGGAAGCUGUAGAUUCCCUUAUGGAAAGAGCGAUCUCACAGUGUGCAGGCAGAGAAGUGCCCCCCCCCCCACACAUAACAAUGGACAUAACAAUCAGUGAAGUCCUGGGGGGGCCCAACUAGAGAAACCAGGAGGACCCACCAAAGCUAAGAGACACACAGCAGUUGGCUCAUUCCCUCCCUGACUGCGGCCACUGGACUACAUUUGGGAUUGCCAUGGCUUUUACAUUUGCUGCCUUCUGCUACAUGUUGUCCCUGGUGCUUUGUGCUGCCCUCAUCUUCUUCGCUAUAUGGCACAUAAUUGCCUUUGAUGAGUUAAGAACAGACUUCAAAAACCCUAUAGAUCAGUGUAAUCCAGCGCACGCGCGGGAACGCCUUAGGAAUAUUGAACGGAUUUGCUUUCUGCUCAGAAAGCUGGUUCUGCCAGAAUAUUCAAUCCACAGUCUGUUCUGUAUAAUGUUCCUAUGUGCGGAAGAAUGGUUAACGCUGGGGCUCAAUGCUCCAUUGCUUUUCUAUCACAUAUGGAGGUAUUUCCACAGCCCGGCUGACAGCGCAGAGUUAAUCUACGACCCACUGGUAGUAAUGAGUGCGAGUACACUGAGUUACUGCCAGAAGGAGGCUUGGUGUAAGCUGGCGUUUUAUCUGCUCUCAUUUUUCUAUUAUCUGUACUGCAUGAUAUACACCUUAAUGAGUUCCUAAGGACCCGGGGAAGAGACAUUGCCCUGACAGUAAUGGGAAUGUGGCUGAAGAGAAGGAGAGGACACUGCUGUUAGGGCGGCUCAGCGAGAUACACAGACUCCAGCCCACAGUUCAAAGAAGACCCAGACAUGGCAAGAAAAUGUGCCAUUAAGUAGUGUUGAGUGCAAGAAAUGAGGGUUGGAUAGUGAAUACCAAUGCCAAUUAGUGCUAAUUAGGAUGGCUCAUUAGUGAAGAGUGGAUCCCGGCAUGGCGGCAUGCUAAAUAUGGGUUAUAUUCUGAUAUUACAAGUCAUCGUUUCUACAUGGUGUUUGUAGAUGAUGAACUUUGCCAAAUGGAUUGCAGAGGAGCCUACAUGGAAUGGACUGGACCUGCCUUGGCUGCGGAUACAACACCACAAGGAUUCUGGGAAACUGGCUUUGCUGUACCAGAACAAUAUGCUCAUGAACAAUGUAGCUGGUUAUAAGCGCUGCUGCUUUCAGUCUGAUUUUUUUUAAAUGAAAACGGGCAACGGUACUUACAUUUUUUUUUAAAAAUUCCCUUUGUUUUUGUCACUGGGAAAAAGUUAAUGUACAAUGUAAAUAUCCAGUAUUUACUUCUUGCUCUCCCCCUUAGCAUCUAUAGCGUUACAAUAUUGGCUUGUAGUUUCUUCAAUUUCCUAAGAUGCCAUUGUCUCAGGCUGGGUGGCCACAAGCUUCCUUAUCACCCCCAUAGCCCUCCUGUUGUUUUAGAUUCACCUUCAAGAAGCAGCUAGAGGUGUGUACUGGCACAAUGGGUGGGAUCUAUUGUCUUAAAGGUAGAUUACCAGACUGGCAAUUUGUGGGUUCUGGCAAAUGCCAGAGGGACUGCUGUAAAAUGCUAUAGAAAGUCACUAUUUAUUGGGCGGGGGCGCUGUUUGGGCCUCUGUGUAGUUGAAAUGCCAGGGUCUAUAUUGAAUCCCAAGCUCAAAACAUAAAUAAAGCAGGGGCUGUGGGUACCAGUACUUACCUUACCACCCGCUAAUGUGAGCAUCCAAUUAAAAUAUGAGAGCUGGUACCUAAAUAUUAUGCAAAAAUGUGGGGUGACAUUUCACCCUAUGAGCUUACAAUCUAAAUCUGAGGCUAGCCUCAUACUAAUAUUCAUUUUUAUUUAUUAUCCUUUAUUUAGACAGCGCAAACACAUUUAUGCAGAACUAUACAGAGACGGAUCAUCUGCACCAGUGAAGCUUACAAUCUAAUUUCCCUGCCACAUUCACAUAUACACAACAUGGUCAGUUUCAUCAGAAGCCAAUUAAACUGCCUGUUAUAGUGAACAAAUGAAAACACUGCAGAAAUGAACUGAUGACUGCAAGGCAGACCAUUGGACCACCAUGAUUCAUUACCUUGAUGCAUCUGGGGUGCAGACUGACCCCCUGACAGCGUUAGAAAGGCCGGAAUGGUGCUGGGAAUAUCCUACGUGUUUAGAGAACAAGUUUACUUACCCUUUAACAUGAUUAUAUUGCACAUAAAUCAGAUGCUAAAAUAUUAACGAAGGCCUGGGAGACCAUUUAACUCUGCCACAUUAAUUGCAUGAGUGAAUUAGCAGCUCCUUCAGAUCUGUUACGACAAUUUAUGGGAGACGUAACCGCGCCGGCGCUAAUGCAUAUUCAGUACGCACAUCAAGCGGUGUUUUAACGUGGGAAUAGACUCUUCAAUAAAUCAUGUUCUGUUCCCCACUUGGGGUAUGAGCCGCCCGUCUCUUUCCUCGGGGGGGUGCUACACGUUUCAGACAAGAAGUGAUUUUUAAUGGACAAAUAAUUUCUUCGGAAAAAGAGCGAGCUCCGCUGUACCUGUCACAAGUGAUUACGCCGCAUCUCGCCUUCAUCUGCCAGAGCUACGGACUGUGUGCUUUAAUUAAGUCAUCCCAGAGUUUGAUACUGGAUUAUCAUAAAUUAGAGCUCCCAGAUCCAUUUUCAGAAUGCUAAUUCUAAUACUUAUUCAUCUUGUACAGACAGGCAACUUCUGCGCUAGUCUGAUGGGCUAUAUCCAUUUAACAUGGCAAUUGCCCUAUAAAUAUGUAUAGGUCAUCUCAUGUAUAAGGCCAGU